GAAAUAUCUAAUGCUCAUUUCAAAAAUCUAUUAAUUGUAUGAAAAUGAAAUGGCUCUCCCAACAAAAGGCACGAAAAUCUAAAUCAAAAUCAGGAAAAUAAGAUGAAGACAAAAAACAACUUUUCCCCAAUGGUCAGUGAGUGCUGAGGCAAAUCAAUAGCGAACAGUCUGCGCCUGUUGUUCAAGCGAAACGCUGGUAAAAAUAAAUAAAUAAAUACCGUAAAAACUUUCUUGAAAUAAGUAAAUCGUCAGUUGCAUUAAUUUUCGAAAUGGAGAAAUUUAUGACGGGCCGUCCGCAACGUAAUCGACGACAUAGCAGACGCGCUUGGCCACCAGAAGAUGAUCUACAUCAGCCGCGUCUUGUUAAGCGACUUUUCACGCCCGAGAUUAAGCGCAUGCUUAAAGAUUGGCUUGUGCGCCGGCGCGAAAACCCCUAUCCAAGUCGUGAUGAAAAGAAGCGCUUAGCUGUCGAGACCGGCCUUACAUACACACAAAUCUGCAAUUGGUUUGCCAACUGGCGACGAAAAUUAAAAAACUCAGAGCUGGAGCGCGAUAAAAGAUCUUGGGGUCAUCUUAUUAAGCAUUACAAUACAAACGCACGUGGGAAUGUGGAGCAAUUUAGCAUAUCUUCGGAAGAUAGCAUUUGGGAAGAAGAUGAAUUGGAGCGUGACGAAGACAUGGGUAAGCACAGUGAUGAGGACGAAUAUGAAUCACGUGAAGGCGGCAUUUCUAGCGGCACCGAAGGUGCAACCAGCUCAACAGGCGGUUGUAGCUAUGAUAGUUUUGUCCAGAGAAAACCCAAAAUGAGUUGCUUUAUGAAAAAUCAAGCAUGCGAUAGUCGAAAUGUGAAAACGGCGGUUAUUGAGAGCGCAAAUAAUUCGCCAGGCAACGCUGUAUUUUAUGGUGGAACAAUAACAACACAAGAACAACAGCCAGAAAUUAUACAAAAGCCAAACCCAACCACUCACACAGCAAAGUACAAACAGAAAAUGAUGGAAAAGUAUCUGCGCGAUACGCAUGGCACACAUUCAAAUUCAAUGGCACCACAAUGUGAUGCGAACACUGUUAAUGAUGGAUUUAACAACAAACAGUUCGAUGUCGAAGCCGCUCUUCAUAGUGGAGAUGACGGCGAUGGGGUUCGCAAUGGCGAUAAUGCAGCGCUGUCCAAAUGGUUACAGAGUGCGGCACGCUUUACACCAGACAAAAACAACUACUUUAUCGAGUGGAAUGGCAAAACUGGCAAAAUGGAACAGAAACAACGCAUUAAGCAAUUAAGGCGCAUCACCAUUGUACCAACCAACUCCAGUGGCGUCGCACGACGUCAAUCCUUAAAUACCUGCCCUACACAACUAGAAUUAGACGCCGCAGAAGCAUUGGCAAAUAUGGCAUUUAAUUGCCGACAACGGAGAAGGGAUGGCAAUCAUAACGGUGUGUGCCUACAGACUGUCAAUGCAAUUAGUUCCUAGCAAUUGUUGCAUAUAAAUUAAUAAACAUGAACAUUCACAGCAUUCCAGUGUAAAUUAUGGGUGCAAAAGACUAAGCGAAUAUUCCUGACAUCAAUAGUAAUGAGUUAAAAAGACAAAAAAAAAUGAGUGAAAUGAGCGAAUGAAUAAAUAAAAAAUGUGAAUAAAUAAUA